GCUCAGGCGAUGCUGGCGGUCGCCUGCGGGGGGUCCUUCCCGGCCCAUAUCCCGGAAGGCGGCGCGCGGGGUUCUCCCUUUUGCCGCCAUCUUGGUUCGCGGCCGUGGGGGCCUGCUGGGACCUGGGCUUCAGGAGGACACCAUGACCGGGAGGCUGUGGUGCAAGGCCAUUUUUGCUGGCUACAAACGUGGUCUCCGAAACCAGCGGGAGCACACUGCCCUUCUGAAAAUUGAAGGUGUUUAUGCCCGUCAGGAGACAGAUUUCUACUUGGGCAAGAGGUGUGCCUAUGUAUACAAAGCUAAAAACAACACUGUAACCCCCGGUGGCAAGCCCAACAGGACACGAGUGAUCUGGGGGAAGGUAACCCGCGCCCAUGGGAACAGCGGCAUGGUUCGUGCCAAGUUCCGCUCCAACCUUCCUGCCAAGGCCAUUGGACACAGAAUCCGGGUGAUGCUGUAUCCAUCUAGGAUCUAAAUUUUUAUUUGAAAUAAAAUGGAGAAUCUGUUUAA